UCCAGAGCGCCACGCCCUCUAGUCUGUGAGACGCGCACCGACAGAAACAAACGGUUGCAGAAAGAAACAGUGGAUAAAAUCCCUCAAACGGAGAAAAAACCUCACGCUCCUCGUCUGUCCCCGAGGCGCUGUCCACUCCAACCGCACAUCAAGACACAAAUAAGCUACAACGAAUGGAAUUGUUUUACAUGGAAUGAACAUUUGAGUGAAACAAGACAAUGAGAGAUGAAGAUACAGAGGAACAAACAGAAUUAAUGGAAGUGAAAUACAAACGGCACCAAUUUCAGGAGCAUCAUCAUUUCACAAAUGAAGAUGGAAACGCUAUCAUUUCACAGACUGGAAAGAAUUUAACACACAAAAGAGCUCAGAAAACUGGCACCAAGGGAUCUUUCACCUGCUCCGAGUGUGGAAAGAGUUUCAAAAAUAAAGGACACUUAAAUGUGCACAUGAGACUUCACACUGGAGAAAGACCGUUCACAUGCACUCAGUGUGGAAAAGGUUUUAUUCAAAAAGGACACCUAAAUGAUCACAUGAGAGUUCACACUGGAGAAAAACCAUUCUCAUGCACUCAGUGCGGAAAAGGUUUUAUUCAAAAAGGACACCUAAAUGAUCACAUGAGGGUUCACACUGGAGAAAGACCGUUCACAUGCACUCAGUGUGGAAAGAGUUUCACAUCUAAAAGCUUUCUCAAAAAGCAUCUGCUCUUUCACGCUGGACUGAGAUCAUUCAGCUGUGAUCAGUGUGAUAAAACAUUUGUUGUGGCAUCCAGCUUAAUAAGACACCUUAAAAUUCAUACUGGUGAGAAGCCUCAUGUUUGUUCUUUUUGUGGAAAGAGUUUUGCACUUCUACAAUCUUUAAAAGAACAUGAGAGUAUUCAUACUGGUGUGAAACCUCAUAUGUGUUUUGACUGUGGGAAGAGAUUUAUAGCAGCCAGAACUUUAAAAAACCAUCAGAGGAUUCACACUGGAGAAAAGCCUUAUAAGUGCUCACACUGUGGAAAGAGCUUCGCUGAUUCAUCAACCUUGAGACAACAUGAGAGAAUUCAUACUGGAGAUAAGCCGUACCAGUGCUCUUCAUGUUGUGGAAGUUUUGUCACAUCCUCUAAUCUUCAGACUCAUAUUAAAAAACAUUGCCCCAAGACGUCUAAAUGAGCAAAGUUCACAUUCAGAUGCAUGACUUACAAAUAAUUUGACGCUCAGAUUAAGCAAAAGAUGUUUUUUUAAUAUAGUAAUUUAAUCUUUCACAUGCACUCAGUGUGGGAGACUUUCAGCCGUACAUCAAACCUUAAGAGACACUUGAGAUUUCACACUGGAGAGCGGCCUUAUACAUGCACUCAGUGUGGAAAGAGUUUCUUUGUCAAACAAGAACUUAUAAAAGCACAUGAGAAUUCACACGGGAGAAAGACUAUUCGCAUGCACUCAGUGUGGAAAGAGUUUUAAAUCUAGAAGCGUCCUAAAAAAACAUCAGCUCUCUCACUCCGGAGUGAGAUCAUUCAGCUGUGAUCAGUGUGAUAAAACGUUUAGUUUGGCAACAUAAACUUAAUGCUGGUGUGAAGCGUCACGUUUGCACUUUUUGUGGAAAGAGUUUUACACAACCGUACAGUUUACAAGUUCAUCAGAGUAUUCAUACUGGUGUGAGACCUUAUGUGUGCUCUGACCAACUUGUGUUAUGAUCACGGACCCUUAACUCCGAAUCUGUGGUGGCAUCACGGAAUCGCCGGAAAUUCCGUGAUGGGCUCACAGAAGUGAUAUCAAUGCAAGUCAGUGACAGGCAUCAGCCGUGGUCCACACACGGAUCCAUUACACGGAAUUCUGUGAGACCAGGUUGUAAAUUAUAUAUUGGGUAACAACAGUGCCAUUAUUGCAUAUAUGUUGGGGUGUGAUUUUUUUUUUUCAAUGUAAACAGCCACAACAGUUUUAUUUAUAUUACAUUACACAUUUAUGAGCACGUAACCCAACCCCUGCCCCUAAACCUACCAUUUGUCAAUAAAACAGAAGAUAUAACAAGACAGACACAACUGAACUACCGUCAUAAUUUAUUCAAAAAGUAUUAAUGUUCCAAGACUUCAGAGGCAAAACGAUUGAUUUGUGAGAGAAAUAGACGCGAUCGCCGUCUCCGUCCGCCGUAAAGCUCUUCCUAUGUGCUGCAGUCAGUGUGCAUAAAUUCAAAAAAUGCCGCCAGAAGAAGCCUUAUGUCAGCUUUGGUUGUGAAAUGCCAUUGGUUCUUGUAUGUCUCGUGACCGAUUGCGUCAUGCUACGGGACGGGAGUAUCUUUUUGAAUGAGAUGUGAGCGCGUUAACGGAGCGGGAUCAUUUUCAACGAUUAAAACCUUGUGUUUUACUCUCUUCUUCGCAUAAAGACUUCGUAUGGCUUCAGAAGAUUUGGAAUGCAACACGACUUGUUUGUAAUGCUUUUAUACUGCUUGUUUAUGGUCAUUUUGCAAUAAAUACCUGUGACUGC